GCCGUCUCUCCCAGGAUGCCACGGAAGCGCUACGAGAUGUCUUCCCAUGCAGCAGGGAAAGGUAGCAUGACAACCUGCGGGACUCAUCCCGGUAACGCUCAGCCCAUACUGCACCCUCGCUGGCCGAGCAAAGCCACUCCCUAGCCGGCCCGCGAAGCGCGGUCGUCGUUCCUGACCCUGUGCGUUCUCUGCCCCCGUAAACCCGCCGGGGCGACCUGAAGGCGACGCCUGACGAUGCCUGACGACGCCGUCUCACACGUUUCCGCGCCAGGCUGCGCGAGACAACGUACCUGCCGCCUUCCCUUCGGAGCGCGCGCAGCCGCUGCACGGAUCUGGCGUCGCUGGCGGACGUGGGGCUCCCGCUAGCUUCAUCCGGGAAUUCCACGCUUAAUGGAUCAUUCGCGAGGACACGAGUGACGCCGCACGUAUGACCAACGCCGUAUGAAGACGCCGCUGAUCAUCUCAUCCGCCACGCCCACUUUCGUCGGCGGUAGACGCGAACGGCUUGCCCGCACCAUCCUUGCCUUCCGCCCGCUUCUCAUCUCCGAGGACACAUCACGUUUGCCGUCAGCACAGCUCGUGCCACGCCCCCGGAAGGGUACAUUUAACGGCAUCCUUCUCCACGACGCUCCUCGAUCUCUCAUCCUCCGUUCUCCCACUGUCAAUGUUCGCAGACGGGUCGAGAGAGAUGUUCGCCACCCUCCUCCAGAGCGUGCUCAUCUGCACAGUAACGUACUCGCUGUGGCGCUACUUCCGCCAGGCGUUCGUUAAGAGCCCUCUGGACAACAUCCCGGGUCCGCCUUCCCCGUCAUGGAUGACUGGCAAUCUGCCGCAGAUGUUCAAUAGACAGGGUAUGCCCUUCUAUCACGACCUGAUCGACAAGUACGGCCCUGUCGUGAGGCUCCACGGCGCGUACGGCCGCAAGAUCCUCUAUGUCUUCGACCCUAGAGCGAUGCACAGUAUCGUCGUGAAAGACCAGUACUCUUACGAGCAGCCAGACUGGUUCAUCAAGAGCAACCUGUUGACGCUCGGGCCUGGCCUAUUGUCUACGCUCGGGGAGCAUCACCGCAAGCAGCGCCGGAUGCUGAACCCCAUCUUCUCGAUAGCCCACAUGCGGCACAUGAUGCCGAUAUUCUAUGAUGUUGGGCACAAGCUCCGUGUCGCUGUCGAGGAGCGUGUCCGUGCUGCGCCCGCGGAAAUCGAUAUGCUGAACUGGAUGGGCCGCACCGCGCUCGAGCUCAUCGGGCAGGCCGGCCUCGGGUAUUCGUUCGAUCCGCUCGAGGAGGACCUCACGCCGGACGUGUACGCGGACGCGAUCAAAGCCUACGUGCCGUCGCUGUACGACCUCUCCGUCUUCCGGUGGACGCUGCCAUAUCUGGUGCAUAUUGGCACGCCUGCGUUCCGCCGGCGGGUGAUGCAAUGGCUUCCCAUGCCUCGGCUGCACCGUCUUCAAGCCGUCGUCGACACCAUGCACCGGCGCGCGACCGAAAUUUACCGCGAGAAGAAGGCGCGCCUCGAUAAAGGGGACGAAGCGCUUCUCCAGCAGGUCGGCGAAGGGAAGGACCUCAUGAGCAUCCUCCUGAAGGCAAACACGCAGGCGUCCGUGGAAGACAGGCUCUCCGAGGAAGAGCUCAUCGGGCAGAUGGUCACGAUGACCUUCGCGGCGAUGGACACGACAUCGAACGCACUAUCGCAGAUCCUGCAUCUCCUCGCGCAGAACCCGCACGCACAGGCUAGGGCGCGUGCGGAGGUCCUCGAAGCGAGCCCGGACGGCCGCGACAUUCCGUACGACGAACUGGUCGCGCUGCCUUUCCUCGACGCAGUCUGCCGUGAGACACUCCGCCUAUACCCGCCCGCGACGUUCAUAUUCCGAGAGGCACAGCGCGACAUGAUCCUGCCGCUCGCGGAGCCACUCCGCGGCGUCGACGGCGCGCUGAUGAGCGAGAUUGCCGUGCCGAAGGACACGGUCGUGCAUGUCGGCAUCAUGGGCUCGAACAUGAACAGGAAGACAUGGGGCGCGGACGCGUGGGAGUGGAAGCCCGAGCGGUGGCUCGCGCCCCAGCCCGACGCGCUAGUCGAGGCGCACAUCCCCGGGGUGUACUCGAACCUAAUGACGUUUAUCGGCGGCGGGCGAGCAUGCAUCGGCUUCAAGUUCUCCCAGCUUGAGAUGAAGGUCGUGCUGGCACUGCUCCUGGCCAACUUCUCGUUCGAGCUCUCGGACAAGCCAAUUGCAUGGAACAUCUCCGGCAUCCGAUUCCCCACCGUCGGCGUCAACGGCAAGAAGCCCGAGCUGCCGCUGAAGGUAUCGCUCCUCAGCGACGUGUCCAAAUGAGCUACUGUAGACGAAUACGCGAGCCGUCGCGUCAUGGGGACCCGUGACUCUCGCCACGACUCGUUACGAUGCGCCUCACGCAUACCCACAGUACUAAUACAUCGGCCUACGCCGGUUGUACCAGUAGCCUGCUGCAUUCGCGGAUUUGUACUUCGUCAUAUUAGACGCUCUCUCUACGCUCAGCCAUCGAUAUGUUUUCUC